GGUGCGGGACAGCUGGCGCUGGCAGCAGCCGAGUGGCCGGAGGCACCGCGAGCUGUGCUGCAGGGAGACGCUGCAGCUGCCACCCCUGCACAGAAGGAACCUCUGCUGCCCACCUUUCCUCUCUUUUAGAAAUGGCCGGUGAAAUCACAGAGACCGGGGAGCUCUAUUCUCCCUAUGUUGGACUGGUGUACAUGUUUAAUCUCAUCGUGGGCACGGGUGCGCUCACCAUGCCCAAAGCCUUCGCCACAGCUGGGUGGCUUGUCAGCCUUGUCCUGCUGGUGUUCCUGGGCUUCAUGAGCUUUGUAACGACCACCUUUGUGAUGGAGGCCAUGGCAGCCGCCAAUGCGCAGCUCCACUGGAAGAGGAUGGAAAACCACAAGGAGGAGGAAGAUGACGACUCCUCAUCAGACUCAGACAGUGAUGUUCUCAUCCAGGACAACUAUGAGCGGGCAGAGAAACUGCCCAUCCUAUCUGUGCAGAGACGUGGAUCUCCCAACCUUUUUGAAAUCACAGACCGGGUGGAAAUGGGACAGAUGGCAUCCAUGUUCUUCAGUAAAGUGGGUGUCAACUUGUUCUAUUUCUGCAUCAUCGUUUACCUGUAUGGGGACCUGGCCAUCUAUGCUGCAGCCGUGCCCUUCUCCCUCAUGCAGGUGACCUGCAGCAUCACUGGCAACGACUCCUGUGGCGUGGAGGCAGACACCAAACACAACGACACUGACCUGUGCUGGGGGCCCCUGCGCCGAGUGGACGCCUACCGCAUCUUCCUGGCUGUCUUCACUCUCCUCCUCGGACCUUUCACCUUCUUUGACGUGCAGAAGACCAAGUACCUACAGAUCCUCACCUCUCUCAUGAGAUGGAUCGCUUUCACCAUCAUGAUCGUGCUGGCACUGGUUCGCAUCGGGCACGGGCAAGGGGAGGGUCACCCACCCCUGGCCGACCUCUCCGGGGUCCGGAACCUGUUUGGGGUGUGCGUCUACUCCUUCAUGUGCCAGCACUCCCUGCCGUCCCUCGUCACCCCCGUCUCCUCCAAGCGCCACCUCACACGGCUGGUGUUCCUGGACUACAUACUGAUCCUGGCCUUCUACAGCCUCCUGUCCUUCACUGCCAUUUUCUGCUUCCGUGGUGACAGCCUCAUGGACAUGUAUACCCUCAACUUCGCACGCUGCGACAUCGUGGGCCUGGCUGCUGUCCGCUUCUUCCUGGGCCUCUUCCCCGUCUUUACCAUCAGCACCAACUUCCCCAUCAUUGCCGUGACCCUGCGCAACAACUGGAAGACACUCUUCCACCGUGAGGGUGGCACAUACCCAUGGGUGGUGGACCGCAUCGUGUUUCCCACCAUCACCCUAGUGCCCCCCGUGCUGGUGGCCUUUUGCACCCACGACCUGGAGUCCCUGGUGGGCAUCACAGGAGCCUACGCCGGCACCGGCAUCCAGUACGUCGUCCCCGCCUUCCUGGUGUUCCACUGCCGCAAGGACACCCAGCUGGCCUUUGGCUACGGAACUGUCAACAAGCACCAGUCCCCAUUCCGCCACACCUUCUGGGUGGGCUUCGUGCUGCUCUGGGCUUUCUCAUGCUUCAUCUUUGUCACGGCCAACAUUGUCCUCAGCGAGACCAAGCUCUGAUGGCAGGAUGCUCCCAAUGAAGGGAGGGCUGGGGGCCCCUCCCCCACCUCCCUACCUGCAGAGCCAAGAUUCAUUUGCCUCCCUGGUCUUCACAGGGCAGGUGAGGCAGGGCUCUAAGAGGACACCCUCUGUGUCUCCAGCUGCGGGUCUUCUCCCCGCCCAAGACUCCACCCAGUCUGCACCUGGCCUCACUCACCAGGGCAGCGCUCCUCCCAGGUCCUCCUGCCUGGGGCGGUAUGCGGCUGCUCCCAGAUUCCAGGACUCGUUACCAGAAUCACUCCCUCUGUUUUACAACACACUCCAAUCCCCCCACUACCACCACCCCACCGCCAGAGCAGGCCCAUUCCUCUGUGUGGUGGGAGACGCGGUGCUGGCACUGCUGCUAUUUAUACCAGAACCCGUGUCCCCUCGUCCCGCCUCCCCGGCCCCUCCUGCGUCCUUGCCUGGGAAAUGCUCCACUAGCAGCUGCUGCCUCAUCAGAGGUGAAUCCCAGGCCCUAACCAUCCUAACCCAGCUGCCUGUGAGGGCAGGGCCCACCUUCCGCACCAGGCCUGGGAGUCGCUAAGUGCCACUCCGAGGGGAGGACCUGGAGAACGGGAAGUGCUAAUUGGCACCAGGGCCCUGGACCAGAGCUGUGAUGACCCUUGCUGUGGGCGCCAGCUCUGGAGCAGCAGGCUGGAUGCCAUGUCCCUUCCACAUGGGGACACAGCAGCCUGUAAGCUGGGCUUAAAGCCCGGAGCUUGUCAUCCCCAAGAAGCACCCUAUGUACCCUGGCUGCCCCGCCAGGGCCCCCAGGGCCUCCUGCAAUGUUGUGGAAAGCUGCACCCACCUGCCACCCUCAGUGGCUUGGGAGCACCCUGGGCAUGUGGCAGUGCGAGAGACCCAUGGUUCCCACCCUCCAGGAGGCCAGGCCUGCAGGGCAGCAGCCUGGCUCGGCCACCCUGCUCCUGCUCCAACACUAAAAAGCAGCUCCCGUUAGAGCUGGGCCGUGGGUGCUCAGUGUUCACGCUCUCCAUGUCCCUUGGUUGACACGGGGUUGGAUGGGGCACUGCUGCCAUUCCCGUGGAAGGAGACUGGGUUCCCAGCCAUCUCCCACUCAAUCAUGCAUGCGCCUGCGGGGCCGGCCUCCGUGGGCACACAGGUGACUCUACUGAACUCUUCAUUUCAAUGUGCCUUCUCCUGCUUCAGGACCUGGGGGUCCUUCCUCACACUCCCUGGCUUGCCCCCAGCCCUGGGUCUGGUACCACAGUCCCAGAGCCCAGAGCAGCUUGCCUCAGAGCUGCCUCUGGCAGGGGUCUCAGGCCCCUGCCCCUGUGUCUUUAGAUUUCAGUGCCUUGCUCAGCCCUCGUGAGGGAAUCUUUGUUGCCUCCUUCCCCCUGUGUCUCACCUUCUUCAGGCCUUGGACAAAGCAAUGGUGCCGGGUCUCCUGUGGCCCAAGGUGAUCUCAGGGCUGGGCUGUGUGUGGGGCGUCUGCGGGCAGAACAACAGGUGCAGCCCAUGAGAAGCCUGGCUCGUAAUCGGCCUCAACCUGCGCUCUCGCUGUUGUCACACAUCAGCAGUCUCACAGCUUGUCCCCACACACCAUCCUUUUCCGUCCAGGUGAAAAACGAACACCCCUUCCCCAUCUGCCACUGUGGCUUCUUCGCAGGAGGCCCUGCCCUGGCGUGGGCAGAGCCCCGAGAGCACCACAGUGCUGAGGCCCAGAAUAGCGAGGACCUGGCCCAUCCCCCUGUGGCCUGGGCCCUCCCUAGAGCUGCCUGGCUGUUUGCUGAAAACUCAAUUAAAACAUCUGUACUUACCCUUCGCCACCUACAUUCCCUCUUGCUUAAGGACAAAGCAAAUUAAAUCAUCCUGCCACCCCAGGCUCCAAACCAAAUUUUGGACGCAAAUUUAUUAAAAAAUAAAUGAAGCCCAGGUUGAUUUAUGUGACAACCUGGAGCCAUGUGCAGCAGUAGGUUUGGGUGGCUGUGGGUGGCUGUGUCCUCUCCACCCCGAGCUGGGGCAGUCCUGGCCCUGAAGAGAAUUGGCCCAAGGUGACCACAUCGCUGAUGCCAGGGGGCCCUCACCACCACCACCAUCUGGUUUCUUUGCUCUUUCGUGUCACCUGCUGUCUCUCCUGCUAAAGGUCAGAUAAGGUCACCUUCCUCUCCACUACUGGGCCUCUGCCACUGAUAGCCAGUGAGGGGGGCUCAGGGCAGGGAGAUGAGGAUCCCAACAGUGAGACAUUUUAUCAACUUGGCAAGAUGGGCAGGUGAAGCUGUGGUUUCCAUUUUGCAGAUGGCCCCUAGGGUCAGUGUGAGGAGGGCAGAAGAGGAUGUCUGCCCAGCCUGGCCCCAAAUAUGAAUGUCGCUGUGGAUGAGAUCUUACACUCAGCAGCCUCUGCCGGCCAGCCCCAGACUGGCCCUUGAGGACAGGCCAGGUCAAGGUAGGAAUGAAUGUUCUUGCCUUGCUCCCCACCGAAGCACCAUACCCACCUGAGCGCCAGAGCCUCGUGCCAGCAGCUCCUGGCUGUUCCUCACCUGAGGCCAGAAAGGCAGCUACAGACUUAUAGAUGGGGCAGAUGGCAGGUGACAGGCUGAGAGGCACUGCUGAGUGGUGGAAGGUUAGCAGUAGGCACCAUGCCAGGCCUCUAGCCACACACCUGUCCUUGCCGCGUGGGGGCCGGGAGCAGCCUCAGCAACAGGCAGAGGCUAAUGCCAGAGUGAUGGAGCAGAAGUGGCUGGCAGUGGCAGGCCUGGGGAAGUGGAAGGCUGUGACCAGCCUGUCUAGGGGUCAGAGUCCUGAGCAAGGCUGACUCGUGCUCAUGGCCACUGAAAAGCCGGCUCUUCAGCCAGAUCCAUGGCUGCAGGAGAGCACCUUGCGAUCCCUUCUCCUGGGGCUGAUGGUGUGGACUGCAGGCUGGAGAAGGGGAGAAGUAACUCUACUGAGGGCCUGCUACAUGCCAGGGCACAGUGCUGGGUACUUUCUACAAGGACCAAGCUGUCAGACCUGCCACAUACAGGCAGUGAACCUCUGUGACAUUCUGUCCUCCCUCCUUUGUGAAGUGCAGUGGUAAUACCUCUAUCACUGGC